AUGAAGCCAGUCGAUGAUGUGAAGCGCCGGCGCGAAGAGCUCGAGAACAAGCCAGAGCUUGACCUCCGGCAGCUCUGGGAUCAGGCACAGGCCGACUUCAAGGCUCGAACAAACAUUGAUCUCAAGGCUGGCAGCCUCUCUGACAGGUUCGCCGAGCGAAUCGAGGAAGUGCUCGCGAUCCCACCGCCGCCACACUCCGAGGCGGACGAUGCCGAGAAAGCCGGGCUGUUCAGCAAGGCCUUCUUCACAGAUGCUUUCCACCGCGCCAAAGACCUGUUUGCCAAGGUCUUCCGGGUCAUCUGGAAGUUCCACGAAUUCUUCCUGAGUCCGGUGGCCGAGGGCAUCCCGCUUUUCGGCAGCGGCGUCACGCUCCUGACCAGGGCGAUCGAGGUGCUCAUACAAGCUACCAAGGACUACAGGGACAUUUUCGUCAAGGCUGCGGAGCUCUUUGAGCAGAUUGGAUUCUUCGGCAUGCGCUUUGAGAUGCUGAUGGUGGCCGAGAGCGCGGGCGUCAAGGUGCCGACCAAGUUUGUCCACUUUCUCAACAAGAUCAUGGCGCACACCGUCGGCGGUGUUGCGUUGUACAUUGAAAUCACCAACAAGUCGGCCAACAAGUCGGCGAUGCGGCGGGCCGGGCACAUUACCAAACAGUUCUUCAAGACGUUAGCCUUGGAAGAUGACAAGGGAGUCGGUGCUCACAUGGAAGAGCUUCAGAGGCUGAUUGAUGAGGAGGGCAGAUUAUCCACAGCGCUGAUAUUGAGCACGGUGCUGCGGAUUCAAAAGGAUGUGCAGGCCGUCCAAGGUUCUGUGACCACCGUGUCGGACAAGCUGAGCGUAGUCCACGACAUGAUCACCGAGAACAGCCCAAGCCGUGUGGAUCAGCUCAAGAAGCUCUUUGGUAUUGGCAGCGAGCCCUGGAAUGACACCUUUCAUGCCUGCGCCGAGCAGAGCGUGAGCGGGACGGGUGGGUGGCUGCUUCGGCGCGAGGAUUUCUCUGCCUGGACAACGGCUGCUUCUGAAGCCCAGCAGAUUCUCGCCAUCGAGGCCGAUUCCAACUUUGGGAAGACCUUCAUUGCUACCCAGGUCAUCUCUCACCUGUACAGAUCUGUCAAGGAGACCAACGGAUCGUCAGCUGUUGCUUUCUACUACUUUGACAACUCAUCCAAAGAUGUGACGGCGAGCGCAGUCAUUCGAGCGAUUGCAUUCCAGCUCUGCAUGCAAAGCCCUUCCUUGCUCGAUUUGGUUUUGCCCGUCGUUAAAGCCAUCCUGGAGCCGGAAAAUUCGAGCCUCAGCUCCCUUUCUUCCAACGAGCUAUGGACUAGACUGGUCGUGAACACCUCCUCUAAACUACCCGACUGUACAAUCUACAUCAUCCUCGACGGUUUAGACCACAUGGCCGAAGAGCACCUCCACGUCCUAUCCAAAGUUUUCGGCAGUUCAGAGGCCUCAACCAAGCACCUCCGCAUCCUACUCACAGGCACAGCGAGCACGCUGUCCGCCAUCUCUAACAACUUCGCCAUGCCCAUCCCCAAGAUCGCCCUGGACCACACCUACCCGAACCAAUCCGACGUCGCCCUCAUCACGGAAUCCGCUCUUCUCCGCUGCGACUUCUUCUGCUGCCUCGUCUCCUCCUCCGAUUCGACCAGCGCCGCCUCGCUGCGUGAGUACAUGGUAGCCACCCGUGACGCCCUUGUUUCCAGGGUCCAUGGCGACUUCUACCUCCUCCGCUCGCAACUCCGCGCACUUCAACAUCUGCUGUCCACCAGCGAGAUCGAGCGCGUGCUCGGCCGCGCGGACCAGUCCCGCACCGGCACGAUUCAGCAUCACCUGAGCGACCUCGCCGUGCGCUUAUCCGGCAACGAGCUGCUGAGGCUCAAGGACACGCUGCAUCUGCUGGCAAUCCUGGAAAUACUCGGUGCGCCGCCAGCGAGUGCAGAUGUGCUGGGGCAGUACCUCGGGCGCGGACAGUUCCUGACUGUGUCGAGACGCAGCAGCAGCCAGGCCGCGUACGCCGGACUGAUCUCGGUCGACCCGCACGGCAUGCUAUCCCUCGCGACAGGAGAGAUCGCAGGCUACCUCCUGCCUGCUGCUCCUCUGCCAACCUCCCCCAUGGGCUCCGCGCUGGAGCAGCUGCAAGGCGGUAGUCCUGGUGGAGCCACAGCGCCACAGGACCGGCAACUCGCGGCCAUCCGAAGCUUCCUGAAGGACACCUUCAGUGAGAAGGCACUGAAGACGCACGGGAUUGACGAGGAAUUUUUUGGGGAGAGGCUGCGCUUGUGCAGCCUCUCGGACUUUGUACUGGAGAGAAAUGCGGCCAUGGCUGUCGUUGCGGUCAAUCUUGUUGACUGCCUGGCUGUGAUGGCCGUUCUGAGAGCGCGGGAAGGAGAUGGUGGCAGGGGGGACAAGGAGGAAGAAGCCGGUGUAUUCGCCUUGGCGAGAGCGGUGCUGCCCAAGAUCUUGACGAGUAUUGAUGUGAGUAGGCUGCAUGAGAAGACGAGGACGGAUCUGGGCACCGAAGUCGCUAGGCUGUUCCUCAGCAGCGCGGUGUUCGACAUCUUUUGGCCGGUCGAAGCACUGAAUGAGGCAAGGGUGGUUUGGGGAGGGAAUGACCAAGCUUUCGAAUCCGCCCUGAGCCUGGCGAAGCAACCAGGCGUCGCCCAGAGACUGGGAAGUCUUGAAAAUAGCAAGCCCUGGGCGAACGAGCUGGAGAAGAUGACGCAGGCGAGCGAUUUGAGGAUGGCUGUGAGCAAGAUGCUCGCCACACGCUGGCUACUCAGUAAGGCCUUCUGGGACUACGACGACAUCCAUGUCUUCCUGCCGUGGUUCGCCACAGUUCCAGCUUUAGGAUUGAUCGAGGAGGAUGUAGAGGACGAUCGUUAUGAUCUGACGCGCACGAGGGACUGGUUUACGCCGCCCAACUUCGAGAAGAUAGAAGCCUGGGUCACGGCCACUAUCCCGGCCUCCAAAAACAGCGCCGACUUCGAUAUCCAGAAGGCCGCUGUUCUUCUCGCACUUGGCGAUUCCAGCGACGCUCCCACCGCCCUCCUCUCGCCGCAUUGCGACAAUGACUGGCGCGCGCUCGUCUGGCUCGCCGAAGCGAAAUCCAUGCUUGAGGACUACGAUGGGGCGUUCGACACGGUCGAGCAGUGUCUAAGUAUGAUCACCCAGCUGAAAAUCGACGAGGCUAUGGCAAUUAAAGUAGUCGCUUGCUUCCACUCGUGGAUCGGGCACUGGGGCAGCGUCACCAGGAACAUGCGAGUGCGGGAGAAGAUGAUCGCCCUCAGUGCGCUCAAGCCGCGCAUUAUGUCCAGCACCAUGUGGGCUGAUACGCUGGAACUGGCACUUUGGAGCGGGUGGUGUGGUGGGUUUGGGUUUCUGAGUAGCAUGUAUGCGGAGAGAAAGCGUACGAUCCUGGAGACGUUGGUGAGAGACGCCACGCACAACGGGAUGCAUCUUGCUAUUGCUCAGGUGUCUAUCCAAGACCUGCAUGGAAGACGCCUUGAGUUCUUGAAAGAGAUGUAUGACGGCGCGCUGGGGCUAUGUGGUGAUGCGGAGCUAUUCUCUCAGAGCGUCACUCGCACGGCUCGCAGGAGGCUUUCCUUCUGGCUUGGUCGUCUCUUUUUCAUCUCUAACCAUCCAUCAAGACUUGACGAAGCCAUUUCCCGAUGGAAGCCAAUUGUGGAUAGCUUCAUCACAAAACCCACCGUUCUUGACCUCGAAGACAUUCUCCCCGUGGUCACCAGUCUCUGCUCGGCUUAUCUGCAGAAGGUAGCCCAAGACCCGCAAUCCCUCGAAGCAGAUCGAAUCAUCUCCAUCGUCGCAAAGCUGCACGAAGUCGCCGCCUUCUCUCAGAAGCCGACCGCUCUCAAGCUGCGUUUCCGUGUCUCGUUAUGCCUCGCGCGCAUCUACACUCUCCGUGACGAGGACGCCAAAGCACGCGCUGUCCUACGUGAGCAUGCAGAACACACCUUUGCCAUGCUCUCACAGAAAAAUAACCAACCACUGCAAAGCAUCGGGUGGCUGUAUCUAGCGUCGAUCCUGACCACCAUCAGCAUCAACCAGAGCCCAGACAGCGAGACUGCAUCGCGCGCCACAAGGGCCUGGCAGAAAAUCCAACUCUUCCAUCCCCACCGGUGGAAGAACUUUGACUUCUACGGCAGGAGAAGCAACACCGGCCCCAACCCACCUCUCCCUACAUCCGUCCUCCAAAAGCUCGAAGCCAUCAAAGCCGGCGAAGAAUACACCUUUUUCGACGGCAUCUUGCGCGACCACGUGCAAACAAUCUGGGCCGACUCCUUCCACCUCCCGGGCUCCGUCACCAUGGUAUGUGAGGGAAGGGAGUGCAGAGCUGGGCAGAAGGACACGUUUCCGCCGUUUGCCGAGUCGCUGCAAAUACCCGCGGGCAUUACGUUUCACGACGAAUGGCCGCCGGCGCAGGUGGGUGGCUGUAAUGUGCGGAUCGCAUUUCGGGUCUGUAGGGAGUGUAUGCUUAAUAAAUUGUGUGUAACGUGCUGGGGGAGGCUGGAGGGGACCGCGUUGACUGCCACGGGGUGUAGGAGGGAGCAUGACGCGCUGAUCGUGCCUGGAAGUAAGGAUGGAGUGGACUAUGAGGUCAAUGAGGAGGACAUGGAAAUUGUGAGGGAGGAGGCGAGGAGAUGGGGCUUGGAGUGUAACUGGAACGUUGACGACGGAGCUGGGACACGGUUAUAA